CCGGAUCAAGAUAACAAGAUACCUAUAACGUGAGGGUAAAACCAAAGAAAAUAAAAUCAUCCGAGAUCUUCCGGGUAGAAAAGAUAUAAAACUUUUCAGUGAUAUUAAAACUGUGAUUUAGAAUAAUCGUUUACAUAGAAAAUAUUAGAUUUCAGGAUUUAAUGUACAGAGAACAAUCAGAAAAAUUGGCAUUAAAUAAGACAAGGUUUUAAAAUGAAGAAAACUGCGUAUCUAUUUGGCACCAUUUUGAUGAUUGCUAACCUAUUUGUGGCGGCAAUAAGCGAAUGUACAAUUGAUAAAAUCACGAUUUACAACCUGUAUUCUCAAAAUAUGGAGUUCACGAUGAACUGCAGAAAUCUAUCUUUGACAGAGGUACCUAAUUCAUAUCCAAAUCCAAAUUUUGACCCGAAUGAAAAGGUUUGUGCUAUUGAUUUGAGUCUGAAUUCAUUUUCCGACCUCAAAAAUGGAACGUUUCUAAACGUCAGUAAUUUGAAUACUUCAACAAUUCGAAUGCUUAAUUUAAGUUUUUCAAAUAUCUCGUACAUAUCAACAGAAGCAUUUCAUGGUUUAAAAUAUUUACAAUAUCUAAAUCUUUCGGGAAACUCCCUUUCGUGUCCGGAUGGAUUUGGAAAAGGUGUAUUUGAAUAUAUAAUAAAUCUUACAUACCUGAAUAUUAAAGAAAACAAUUUUAAAACAUUUGAUUGCUUAGGAAGAGAGCUGGGAUAUUUGAGGAAUUUAGAAGUACUGGAAGCUGAACUUUGUGAAAACUGUACGUUUGGUAAAGACUUUGAAAACCUUCAAAAUUUGAAAAAUGUAAGUUUAUCUGGUCGCACACCAGAUACUUACAAUACUAAAGUCCUUCAUAACUACACAUUUGAAGGUCUCACUAUGGUGAAAGGUCUUUGGUUGUCAUCUUGUAAUAUUUCUGAAAUAGAGGCAAACGCAUUCAGACCAAUGAACAAUAGUUUAACACAUCUUGAUAUAUCUUACAACGAAAAACUUGGAUUUGACGGAAUGAACAAAGCUCUUUACGGAUUAAAAUUUUCUUCAGCUUUGUCGGUUUUAAAUGUAAACCGGAUUCAUGACGUGCACGGACUUGGCGUGAAAUUAAAGGCUUCCAACCUAGAGAAUCUAAGUACGCUCAAUACUUUGAUAAAACUUUUUAUGGAUCUGAAUAAAAUAGAAAUCUUUGAGAAGGAAGUGUUUGACCCUAGAAGUAAAUUUCCUACUUCGCUGAGGGUCCUUACACUUGCAGGAAAUAGAAUAUCUUUUGGAGAAUAUAUCUAUUCUAUUCAAGCCGCUACCAAUAUUACGUGUCUAGAUAUAUCAAGACAGCAUUUUUAUUACGACCCUUUUAUAAAUGAGCACUAUGGACGCAAGGUAAGGAAUGAAGAAUCUGUAAAUGUUGAUGAUAUUUGCUUCAAAAAAUCUAAAAGUUUUCAAGUGUACUCUUUUCCAGAAAACUGCUCGCUGAUUCUUCCUCCAAAUUUGCUUCGGCUAAAGUGGAGAAAGAGUAUCCUCAAUUUCGAUUUAGACUAUAAUGUGUUCAUUUGUGGAGCAACAAAUCUUCAUACUUUAGAUUUAUCAUUCAAUCUAUUCACUAAAUGGAAAUGUUCCAUAAAAGGACUAGAACAUCUUAAACAUCUCGACCUAUCAGAAAAUUACUGUCACGAGAUUUCUCCUGGGUUUUUUGACCAUUUUACAGAAUUACAAUAUUUGAAUGUUUCCGGAAACUAUUUAGGACAAACGUUAGCAAAAACAUUAACUAAUAGGCCGAAUGGAAUAUUUAGAAACUUAACACAAUUAACAGAUCUUGAUUUGUCACACAAUGAAAUUGUUGGAUUUUCAGAUCGUGGCUUCUUCAAGGGGCUGACAAAUAUUCGUUAUUUAGAUCUGAAUUCCAACCGUUUGGUUAAUUGGGACUAUUACAUGCCGGAAUCUCUUAAGCUCAUAAUAGAUUUGUCGCAAAAUAAACUAACAAAUGUUUCAUCCGAAGUAAGAGAACACUUCGACAAGGUUUGCCAAAACAGUACUUGCAAUAUAACUCUUAUAUUGUUAAACAAUUCCUUUCAAUGUGACUGUGACAAUUUACCGUUUUUAAAAUGGAUAUUUUCUACCAAAGUGAAUGUUAAAAUUGAUACAUGUGUAUUGAAGUCAGAGGAGAAAAGUAUAUCGAAUUCUAGUGAUUUAAAGAAAUUAUUUGACUAUUUAGAAAAGGACAAGUGUAGCAGGAAAACCAAUCAGGACAAGACAUGGAUUACAUGGACAACUGGAACUGUUGGUGUAGUGUUUGGAAGUUUAUCUAGUAUUAUGGCUAGCUUGGGGGUUUAUAAACAUCGCUGGAAACUAAGAUAUCUAUAUUACAGACGAAAUAGAAGAUUUAACCACGAGGGAUUCGAACGUCUUUUUGAAAAUGACGCAUUUGUAUCUUAUGCAAAGAGCAAUGCGAGUUUCAUUAAACGCUACAUGGUUCCUUCUCUCGAGAAGGAGUGCGGCCUACGCCUUUGGGUGGCAGACAGGGAUUCAAUGCCCGGUACAUCUAUUGCCGAAAAUAUCACACAUGGGAUAAGUAUGAGUCGUAAAACAGUUCUACUCAUUGACAAGGCAUACCUCAAAGAUAGUUGGUGCAACUAUGAGAUGAACAUGGCACAUGUUGAAUCAACCGAAACAAAGAGAAAAAUGAUCAUCUUUGUGUUAAUGGAAGAUAUUCCAUUAGAAAAGUUGCCUAUAUGUAUAAUGAGAUUUCUACAAAGUGAACGGUCACUUGAAUACCCAGAGCAUGGUCAAGACUUAGACGUAUUUUGGAAUGAUCUUGCUGACCAAAUUAUGAAUUGACAGGAAUUACUUUCAGAAAUGUCUAUAUAUCUGUAACUGUUAACAUUCACAAUUAACAUAUCUUUAUGUGUCAAUUGCUAAACUUAUGUCCGAGGUAGGUUGGAAUCCCUUGAAUCUCGUUGUAACCAACACAAAAUUCUUCUAUUUUAUAAAAUGACCAAAAAUCUUGCCCCUCCUUAUCUUUCUGAAACACUUCCAGUUUCCACCAAUGGACAAUCAAAACUGUUACAGAGCUCCCAGAGCUUGUACCAUGAUAUUAUUAUAUCUUCUUGCCGUCCACAACUCGAGCCUUUAACAGUCUUCAAAGUGACGUUCGCAACUCUCCAACAUUAUCGUCAUUUAAACAGAGUAUACCCCCCCCCCCCUAAUAUUCAAAAGCCACCGAAAUAUGUUUACUAUGGUAAAAUAAAACUCCAUGUUUUUCACAUACGUCUGACGACUAACUAUAGCUCUUUGGCUAAAGACCUUUUUUCUAAGAAUAUCUUACCUUCGCCUCUUUGGACAAUGGAAAACAACUCGUCAUUUUUUUCCCGGCUGUCCUCUUGAUCUCAGUUGAUAAACUGUAUAAGUACAUACUGUCAUGUUUCAUUAAACAUCAUUCUUUUGGUAACACGGCACUUACAGACUAAGAUAAUGUAUUGAAAAAUCGAUUCGCUUUGACUCUCCAACAAUUAUCAACUAUCAUUAAGAGUUAAAUCACAGGACAUUUUUUCUGUUUUUGUUCCUCCUCUUUCCUCCUCUUUCCUUCUCUCAUUCUUCCAUCUAUCUAAACUCAUCAAACUAUUAUCAUUAUUAACCUUAUUUUGCUUUUUUAAUAAUUGAUUUAUAUUUAUUAAUUUAUUUUUCAAUGUAAGUUGAAACACUUCAGCCUUCUUAGUCAUCAAACGAAAAUUUCUUUUCCCUUAUUUUGCACAUAUAUUUUUGUACAUUGGGAAAAGACUUCAAUAAGCAUUAGGUUGCUUCCAGUCUAAUCAUUUUCUUGUUUUGAUUGUAAAUAUUAUGUAUGUAAAUAUGCUUAUUUAACGAAUAAAAUAUGUUCAUACAAACAUAUCUUAAAUGUUUAUAUCAUAUAAAUCAAUAUAUCCUUUGAAGCUUCGACAAAAUAUAUCUGCUUUCAAAUUAUUAAAUUGUUGCUUUGUUUUUGUAGUUAAACUUAUCUUAGCUUAAAAGAGUGAGCAGGGGACAAUGGUUCGAUUCUCCGCCGAGGUGUCAUUUCUCAUAAAAAAUUGUUAAUUACUGUUCAGUUAUCCAGCAAAUCCGGUGACCAUGUUCCACUUCUGCGACAAAAAAUGUGUUGAAAUGGCGUAAAACAGAACACUAGGCAAACAGUGUCAUGACACACUUGUACAUGUAAAAACAAUUAAUGUAUCUAAAAAGGAAUUUAAUAGUAUCUUAAUUCAAUAUUAUUGUAUAAGUUAGAUUAUAAAAAGAUACGCAGUUAUAAUGUACAGUAAAUAUUUUUUUCGGGCAAAAAUUUAGAGUGUACAUCUAUGCUAUCAUCCUCACCCAUACAGUUUAAAUGACGUCAUUCUGGUGCCUUUUACUUAUUAGUUACAUACUGGAUGACGUCAUUACGCAGCAAAUAAAUCCUGCCUGAGUGGUGUUUAUCGGCUUAUCACUAGUUUUGUCUUUGCCAUAAUCAUAUCAUGUAAAUGGGCAAAGUCAUAAGUUCUUUAAAUGAAUGCAGAUAAACAUUAAUUGAACUUGCUUAUAUCGACCCUCUGCUAUAUUCCUGAUAUACUUUA